AUGAGGGCAGUGCUGGUGACCUUCCUGGCUUUGGUCUCAGGGCCCGGGGCCCGGGCAGCCUGGCUGGGGCCGCUGGACCCUGAGCAGCUGCUGGGGCCCUGGUACGUCGUGGCUGUGGCCUCCGGGGAGAGGGGCUUCGCGGUGGAGAAGGCCACCAAGAACAUCGAGGGGGUCGUGGUGACGCUGACUCCCGAAAACAACCUGAAGGUGCUGUCGUCGCGGCACAGGAUGGAGCGCUGCCACCUGAGUGCCGUGGAGCUGCUGCGGCGAAACUCUGCGUGGGUGUUCGGGAACCCCGCGCUGGGCGUGCUGGAGUACCGGGUGCUGGGCACCAACUUCAGGGACUACGCGGUCGUGUUCACGCAGCUGGAACAGCGGGACGAGGCCUUCAGCACCGUGGAGCUGUACAGUCGGACGCAGCUGGCCAGCCCGGAGGCCGUGAGCCUCUUCUCCAGGUGGAGCCAGGGCCUGGGCUUCCUGUCGCAGCAGCAGGCCCGGCUGCAGGCCGACCCCACCUGUGCGCACAAGGCCUUCCAGGUAAGCUGCCCCCAAGCGUCGCCAGCUCCCCGUGCGGCGGGAGGGGCCCGGGGCCCUGGGAGCCCCCACACCCCAGCGGGCGGGGCCUGGCGGCCGGGGACCAGAGGGCGCAACAGACGCCUCUCCCGAGAACCUGGGCCCCCAUGA